AAUACAAAUUCUCAUCACUUUUGUUCCCACUGUCUCUAUCUUUUUGCAACUGUUACUUUCUCUCUCACACAGAAGACUCAAAAGAAGACAAUGGGGAGUAGGGUAGUGUUAAUGGUGGCACUGUUAUGUGUGGUCCUGCCGGCGUUGAUCGACGCCGGACGUCCGAUGUCUCGGCCAUUCCGUUUACAAGGCAGAGUUUACUGUGAUACUUGCCGUGCUGGCUUCGAAACUUCUGCCACCACUUACAUUCCACGUGCCAAGGUUAGGGUUGAAUGCAAGGACAAAGAACAAAAACUCGUCUAUAGCAAGGAGGGAACAACUGAUGCCACCGGAACUUACCAUAUCCUUGUCAAUGAAGAUCACGGAGAAGAGACCUGUGAUGUAAUGCUUGUCAGCAGCCCAAUGGGUGACUGCAUGACUGCUGACCCUGGUCGUGAACGUGCCCGUGUUGUCCUCACCAGCCACAACGGCAUUGUCUCAAACACCCGUUUUGCCAACGCCAUGGGGUUCAUGAAGGACGAUAUCAUGUCUGGCUGCACCACACUUUUGCAAUCACUCAUGGAAGAAGAGGACUAGAUUGUGGUUAACAACAAAUAACACCUAAUGUUUGUGUCAUGGCAUGGAUCAAGUCAUUUGAGAAAAUGUUGUCCUAAUACCAUCUAUUUAUGUGUCUGAAGUCUAAUGUUGGAGCUUGUAGUAUUCUUUUGUUUGUGGUAAUCUGGAGAUUAUUAUUAUUAUGAUUUAUGAUGAAUAUAUUAAGGAUUUUAAGGUGUUGUUUUAA